GAUUCCACCAAUGUGCACCAAUAAAAUUGGAAUAAUGACCCAAUUGAAUGGUUAAUAUUUCUCGUGUUGUCAUAUUUCAAAUUUAUAAUCUGUUCAGAGAAAAAUUUUAUAUAUAUACCAGAAAGAUAAGGUUAUCUUGCACGCGUCUAUGCGACUGUAGAGGUCUGUUUUUUAUAGCUGAACUGGCUGCACUAGUUCAGAGUUUAUCUUUUUCUCUCCAUAUUGAAAGGAUACUGCAUAGAUUGUUCGAACGUUUCAUAGUAGCGCGUUAAAAGAAAAGCUUAUAAUAUUGUAUAAUAGUUAUAUUAAUUAUGAUGAAAUUUAAAAUUAAUUUUGAAAAAUUUCCCGAUUAUUCGGUUCCAAGAUUAACGAUUGAAUUAAUGGGACAUUUUAGUGUCGAUGGUGAUGCGAAAUAUCAAGCUGAUUUAUCGCAACUGAAAUAUUAUAUUCCUCCUCCGAUUCUUGAUAAUGUGUGUUACGAUCUGAAGAGAAAUUCUGAAUGUUCUACUCGUUUUAAACCUGAUGCAUGCGAAAGAUUGGAUUUUAUAUUCCAAUGGAUUACGGAAAAUUUUAGUCGACUUGAAAAACCAUUAUCAAUGCAAAAAGAGCGUUGGUUGGAUGUAGAUUUUAUUUGCCGUCGUGGGGUGUUACAAACAUUAUUAUGUAGCCCAUAUAAAAGAUAUAAAGAAAAUAUGAAGGAAGAAGAAAAAGAUAGGAAGAAAUGGAUCAUUUGUGCUAGCAAAUAUCGCGGAACAAUAUAUCUACGCAAAUUUUAUACAGAUGAACUAGAGAAAAUUACAACGGGAUACAAAUUUGAACAGUAUAUGUUAGCAGAUGAUCCCUCGCAUGAACCAGAUCCAUCAGCAUCUCUUAAUAUAUGUGAGGAAUUUCAUUGCGUGUUUAAAGCAAAAUUUGGAGAUCAUUCUUUACUAUAUGGGGCUGAAAUAGAUGGUAUUCUUUCACAAGAGCCUAUAAAAGAUACAUUGAUCGAUAAAAAAUUGCUUGUUGAAUUGAAAACAUGUCCAAUGUACUAUGACAGUGAAUAUGGGAAAUUUGACUUGGAUAGAACAAUAGGCUGGUGGAGUCAAAGUUAUUUAGUAGGAAUUGACAAAAUUAUAUGUGGAUUAAAAGAUAAAUCUAAUACAGUAAGAAUGAUAAAAGAAUAUUCUACAAAUUCGCUGGUAUCACAGUCCAAGAUUCCCUGUAACGUAAAACCAUGUAAAAUGUUCUGCAAGAUAUUUUUAGACAAUGUUAAAAGGAUUGUCACUAAAGAUUAUAAUGAAUGUAUAUAUAAAUUUCACUGGAAUCCACGUACUAAAAGUAUUGUAAAUUAUACUGAAGAAGCUCCUGAUAAUGAGAAAUAUGUUUUCUUAAAGGAAUGGUUUAUCGAGAAAGUAGAGAAGUAUAAAAAUACUUAUCAAUAAAUGUAAAAAUCCAAGAGAUAAUUUGUUUUUUAUACUAAAAGAUAUAAUAGU